AUGUCACUUCGGUAUGAUUGGUAUCAGCAAGGUGGCUUUGUAAUCAUUGAUGUCUUCGAAAAGAAUGUCCCGAAGGAGAACGUCAAAAUUGACUUUGAAGAGGAGCAAGUGACCAUAGAAGUGAAAGUAGGAGAAGAGACCAAAACGCAGAUCAUUGACAAUUUGUUUGGUGCGUAUGACACCGCCGCGUCGACAUAUCGUGUCGGGAAAGUCAAAAUUGAAAUCAAAUUGAAAAAGAAAGACGGCGCUAAUUGGGACAACUUGACAAAAGGAAAGGAGUCGCACCACCAAGAAAGUGCGUUAAACGCUAAUAGAAAGGAUUGGGAUGCUAUCAACAAACAGGCAGACGAAGAGUUGAAAGACGUCCAUGAAGGUGGACCAAAUGCCGGAUUCCAAGAUCUUUAUAGACAAGCCACUGAAGAACAGAGAAGAGCUAUGAAUAAGAGUUUUGUCGAGUCGGGAGGAACAGUUUUAAAUAUGAAUUGGGAAGAAGUCGAACAUAAGAAGUUCGACGUUUCUGCUCCUGAACACGCCGAAUUGAAGACGUGGGGAAAGGACUAA